AUGGCAAUUGACGCAAUGGAAAUCGAUAGCCUGCCGCUACGCACAGCGGACGCAGAGCGCAAGCGCAAGUCCAAGAAGGACGCAUCCGCCGCAUCACCAUCCAAAAAGCGAAAGCAAACCUCUUCCUCAAAAGCAACUCCACAACAAGUCCAAGGCUCAAAUCCCGAGUCUCCCUUCACCCUCACAACAGCAACCCUCUACCUGCCCCUGUCGCCCAUCUCCAUCUCGCCGACGCACGCGCUGGCCUCGCUGCUGGCCGAGCAUCUCUCGCCACUGCUCCUGACCUACUUCCCACCACUGAAAGGUGUCGUCUUGGCCUACUCCAAUGCCUCAAUUUCCAGCAAGCCGCCGGCUAGUCCCCGCUCUUCUUUUGAUCUGAAUCCGCAGCCGCUCACGCUCGCUACAACAGCGGACGAGUACGGUGUCUUGUACGUCUACCUGACUGCCACAUUCCUGGUGUUCCGGCCGAAGCGCGGACAGACCCUUGAUGGAUGGGUGAAUGUGCAGUCGGAGGGAUUCCUCGGCGCUGUCGUGUUCAAUCUGUUCUCUGUCGGCGUUGAGCGCAAGCGUCUGCCCUCGAACUGGAAAUGGGUUCCGCCUGGUGAGGAGGCUGAGACGCCGGCUGUGGCCUAUGAUGACUCAGGCUCUGACAAGGACAUGGCGGAUUUCGACGCUGAGAAGGAAUGUUUCAGGCCUACUACACUUUCUGCGGAGGAGAUCCCGAUUGACGGCGAGGAGGAUGAGUCUGCUCACACUGGGUAUUUCCAAUCUGUUUCCGGACACCGUGUGAAUGGAUCUGUGCGUUUCCGUGUUGUUGAUGUGGAUGUUAUUCCCGGUUCUGAGCGGGAUCGUGGGUUCCUCAGCAUCGAGGGAACUAUGCUUUCCGUUGAGGAGGAGGAGAAGCUUUUGGAGUCUGAGCGCCAGGGACAGUCUUUGCCUCCCUCGUUCUAUUCAUCGCAUCAGAAGGUCUCUGGUUCUAUCCCCGUGAUGAGCGUCCCGGCGGCGUCGGCGGUGCAGGAGCUCUCGACUGUGGAUGUGCACCUUGAGCCCAGUCCCAAGAAGGAGAAGAAGGAGAAGAAGGAAAAGAAGGAGAAGAAAGAGAAGAAGGAGAAGAAAGAGAAGAAGGAAAAGACUGAAAAGACUGAAAAGAAAGAAAAGAAGUCCAAGUCUUCCAAGUCGAAGACCAAGGACGAAUAA